UCUAUGUAAACCCGGAAACAUACUAUGACAGCGCAAAGUCCCCUAGUGUCAUUUACCUUAUCUCAUGUGAAAGCGGCGACGUACUCCGAAGGGGGAGGACCUCCUGGUCUUGGUAACUUAGUCUCUUUUUAAGACAUAAGUUACAGCGAGUACCUUCAAAACCAGCGAUCUUAAUAUUUCGUACGGAUAAUUAAACGAUUUCAACGGGUAAAGAACCCACCAUGGAAACAGCAACAGAAAAACAAAGGCCUGCUCACGGCCAGAUCAUUUCUGUGCCCCAUAAGGACACAGUGCGUCUCCUGGAGGUUUAUGUCAAGCGGAGCCUGAGCCUGAAUGAUGGCAGUGUGGGGGCAAAGAAAGCAGGGAAGAUGGAAAAGUGGGUGACCAUGUCCAAAAGGUAUAGACGAUCCUCCAGCGACCCUUCCCUACACUUGCACGAGGAUUUAAAUCCCAGUGAACCUAGUGUGCUUCCUGUGGCUGAACCCCAAAUGUAUGAACCCAUGAAAGAUCCUGAGAAAUUAGAGGAGCCAGAAAUCAAGACUAAAAAGUCCAAAAAGAUCAAGAAACCCUCAUUUUGGAAGACUUUUCUUGGCAUUUUCAAGAAUGAAGACAAAGAAGAAGAUCAAGACAGUCCAUCAGCGGUGUUUGACGAUUCAAACCAAGCAACCAACUGCCUUCCCACAACUCAGAUCUCCUUUCAAAAGAAAUCGUUCAAGAAAAAGUCCUUAAGAAGGAAAUUGUCCAAAAGGCGGUCUCUGAGAUCAAUUAAAUUUGGCAAAGAUGUCAACUCUACUGAUAGCACUGGAGUAGAAGCUGUGAUCAGCGUCGAACCGACAUACGCCUACUAUGAGAAAGUAUCAGAAGAACUUGAAAAAAUUGUACAUGAGGUCAAAGAACAAGAGGAAACGGAAAUUCUGUCCAAUGAGGAAAUUAUCAAAAGGAUUGUUGCUUUGACCAUACAAGAGGGUGAUGCCAUUGAUGACAAGCUGAAAGAUAACCCCACGCUGAGCAGCUUUUUCCAGGGCAUGUCUUACUCCUCCUUCCAGAAGAUGGCAGAUGCUUACCUGGAGAAAGAGGCAAUGCCAACCCACAAGCCGCCCACUGUGCUACCUACAGCACCCGAGCUGGUCAAACUGGCUUUCACCCUGGACUUCACGGCCAGGGUUGCUGGGCUUUCAAAGCAGAACGUUGGUCACAUCACUUGUCUCGGGAACCGUUAUUUGCACGACCGAUUUGAAUACAGACAGGCAUGCACAGACCACCCCUGGUCUGACAGUGAUGAUGUAGACAAUGUUCCUCUAACAGGCAAAUGAAACUGAGAUCUACCCAACUAUCCACAUCCCCACAGAUGCGACUACAGAUCUGCACAAACUUCACUUUAUGAACACUGUCUGAAAACUUAAGUUAUUUAACAUGUGCUUGAAAGAUUUUACUAAGCUGUGACCGAAAACCUCUGAAAAUGUGACACAGCAGGAUGUUUUCUCAGAAAGAUGUCACUUAACAGUCCAAUGGCCCUAAACCCGAUCUUUGUGAGCCAGCCACCAAAAAGUACUGAACUGUGAUAGCACUUUGUUAGAUUCAUAUUUAGGUGCUUCUCUAAGAGACACUACAAUGCAAGGCUUUUUUGCCAAAUUUGAAAAUUUGUUGAUUUGUAACAAUAAGAAAAAACUGCAAUAUUUUCUUCUGUAUGGGUAACUCUGAGCUCUUGUUAAAUAUGUAUUGUGUGCACCAAAACUGUGACUUUUUGUUAUGAAUGCUGGCAUUCAUAAUGUCAACUCUGAUCUUGUUAAAUAUUGAAAUGAGUUUUAUUUUUUAAUAAACAUAUCUAUGCUUCUUAA